AUGGUGAGAGAUGGACGUGCUUCAGUGCACUCCAUGAUUUCUAGAAAAGUUACUAUUGCUGGGUUUGAUCUCAACAGCUACAGAGACUGCCUAACCAAGUGGAACCGUGCUAUAGAAACAAUGUAUAACCAGUGCAUGGAGGUGGGCUAUGACAGGUGCAUGUUGGUACAUUAUGAACAGCUGGUUUUACAUCCAGAGCGAUGGAUGAGAACACUUUUGAAAUUCCUCACGAUUCCAUGGAAUGAUGCUGUACUGCAUCAUGAAGAUAUGAUUGGCAAAGCUGGAGGCGUUUCCCUGUCCAAGUAA